AUGAAGACCGCCUCCAUCACCGCCUGGGGCCAGCCCCCGGUUUUCAAUGCUACUUCUCCCGGCCUGCCUGCCCCGACCGAAUCCCAAAUCCGCGCCCACGUCCUCGCCACCUCCAUCCCCCCUGUCGUCCGCGGCCGCGCUUUAGGUCUGCACCCCUCCUCCAAGGGUGCCACCCUGCCUUACGACCCCUCCCUAGACGGGGUCGUUUUGGAUCAAAACACGGGCGACACUUACUACGUUACCCCUCUUGCAGCCAAACUCUGGGCUGAGGAGGUUAACGUUGAAAAGCAAGCGGCGGUGAAGCUGCCGAGGGGGGUAGAUCCAGUAGCAGUCGCAGCAUGGACGAAUCCGGUGGGGAGUUCGUGGAUGGCAUUGAAGUGCAGGGCUCUGCCCAAUUCUGUGCAGGGGGCGAGGGUCCUGGUCAUGGGGGUCACCAGCCUUAGCGGGAGGGCUGCUGUGCACGUGGCAAAAGAUCUCGGCGCUUCAAGUAUAAUCGGAGCUUCGCGCAAGCAAGAGACUCUGGAUCAAGUCACGGGACUAGAUGGACGUGUUUUGCUAACUGAUCCAUUUGUCUUGCCCAAGGAAGUCGGCCCAAUAGACAUAAUCCUCGACUUUGUCGGCGGCCGCGCUGCCAUCGGUGCCCUCUCCACCGCGCAAAUCGAAGCCGGAAAGGAACUACAAUACAUUCACGUCGGGGAUCUAGCUGGUGAGGAAGAGAUUAUGCUGCCUAGCAAGUUGUUGAACGCCAGACCGAUCAGGAUCACGGGGUCGGGGAUGGGAGCGUGGGGGAAGGGCGAAGUGAAGAGGGAGAUUGGAGGGUUAUUGGAGUGUGUGAGCCGGAUGGAAAGGCCAGAGGAGGUGGUUACUGUGGGGUUGGAAGAGUUGCCGGCGGUUUGGGACUCUGAGGAGGUUAAGGGGAAGAGAUUGGUUUUGACCCCGACGGUAAAGGAGUAG